UAUGCAUGCAGCCACUGUUUUCUCUGACCCCUCCGCUUUGGCUCUUCUCCUACCCCUACCCCUCCUCCCCCACGGUUCUUCUUUUCCCUCGCCGUUUCGAUCUCCAAAAGGCCUCGAAAUUACUCGUCCACAAGUCCUUGAAAUCAUUUAGAGAGUCUGUGUCUGUCGCAGAACCAAACAAAACCCAUACGGAGAAAUCUCGAGGAAGUUGUGGUGGACAUGCAGCCUCUCUCUGUGUCUGUUACUCUAAUAUACUGUCUUCGUCCUUUGAUGCCAAUCCCUCUCUCCUUCCUUUGAUGCCAAUCUCGUGCAGCGGUGUGCAGUCUCCGGUUGAUGUAAUACGUCGACCUGAGCUACUCGGUGGCGUAGAUUUCAUCGCUUUUUGAGUCUGUUUGGAGAUCGGACAUGCUUGCGGUCGAACCGUUGAGAGGUUCCAGCGGAGAGGAUCGAGAUGGGGCGAUGGGGAGCUUCUCCGUCGCCGACGUCGACUUUGCCGACGAGGCCCUGCUCGAAGACAUCAGCUUCGGUGACCUCUUCCUGGGAAUCGAUCACGGGGACGUGCUCCCGGACCUCGAGCUGGAUCCAGCUGAGAUUUUUGCGGAGUUCUCGGUUGGGGAGGAGCACUCGGGAUCGACGACGGCCUGGGAGGCGGCCGAAGGGAUGCUUGGCGUAGAUGGCGCGUCGCAGGACGUGGUGGUGGCCGCCUUGGAGGAGCACAACGGGGGUCGCGGCGAAGAGGUGGUGAGUGCGAUGACGAGGGAGGAGUCCAUGGUCAUGCCAUCUCGAGCGCGGCCUUCGUCGCCGGACGGCAAUAAAGGCCGUACGCCAUCCGCUGCCGCGGCCGCGAAGGGCUCACAUAGGAAGCGCAAAGCAAAGGUGGACUGGACGCCGGAGCUGCACCGGAGAUUCGUGCAGGCGGUGGAGCAGCUGGGGAUCGACAAAGCAGUGCCCUCGAGGAUUUUGGAGCUCAUGGGGAUCGACUGCCUCACUCGACACAACAUCGCCAGCCACCUACAGAAGUACCGAUCGCAUCGGAAGCAUUUGCUGGCGAGGGAGGCAGAGGCGGUGAGCUGGAGUCAGCGACGCCAAGUGUACGCGGCCGGAGCAGGCGCAAAGAGGGACAUCAACCCCUGGGUUGCCCCUACCAUCGGCUUCGUUCCUCCUACGCCGGCGGCGCCGCCGUCUGCAGUCCAGCAUUUUAGACCGCUGCAUGUUUGGGGGCAUCCCACGACGGAAGCACCGCUAGUCCACAUGUGGUUACGACAUCUUGCGCCGCGGUCUCCCACCGUGCCGUGGGCUCCUCAGCCACCACCAUCGCCACCUGACCCUGCGUAUUGGCAUCACCACUACCAGAGGGGAAGUAGAGAAGGGUGGUUUCCGCGUGCCAUGACCCAGGGAACUCCUUGCUUUGCUCCGCCACUGCCCACGGCGGUAAUCAACAGGUUUCCGGCUCCACAUGUUCCUGGCAUUGCUCCGCAUCCCAUGUACAGACCGCCACCUCCUGUUGUGACCAAGCGUUCGAGCUCGCAGCUUCAUCUCGAUGCUCAUCCAUCGAUGGAAAGCGUAGAUGCAGCAAUAGGAGAUGUUUUAGCGCAGCCAUGGCUGCCAUUGCCGCUUGGAUUGAAGUCCCCAUCGAUGGAUAGUGUGUUGGUGGAGCUGCAGAAGAAAGGAGUACAGAAAGUGCCACCAGCUUGUGGUUAACGUUGCUACAGUAACUUGAGGUGGUGUGCUUGAUCGAGUCCACCUGAAGAACAAAACUUGCCGACAUAUCCUAAUGCUCAUGAACUAAUCUUUUUAUCCUUUUUUGGUUCCCCCCUCAUGUAGUCAUGCUUGAGAAUGUAAUGUUUUAAUUACAAGUAUGUUAUGAGUUUUCUUUUGUA